AUACCGGAAUACGCGCCAGAAUUCACGGGCACUGUGUUUGGCAUAACCAACACAUUGGCCUCUUCUAUGGGAUUCUUAGCGCCCAUUAUUGUCGGCCAGAUUCUGGACACCGAACACAAUUCGGAAACGCGUAAGAAAUGGGAUAUCGUUUUCUACGUGACGGCGGCUUUCUAUCUGUUGGGCGCCAUAUUCUUCGAGAUCUUCGGAUCGGCUGAACGUCAGUCGUGGGCGAGGGUUACGAUCAACAGGAGUCCCGACAUUGAACUCAAUCAGAUGUCGGCAAACGGCACAACCGGUCGCACCAAAAAUGGCUCUCAAAAUGAGACACAUUUCUCGAGAAACAGAAUAUUUUCUCGAUUUAAGAAGUCGUUGGACACGGAAUCGCCCGAAUGGGUUGAGUUCAAGAAAAACACAUAUAGUACACCCAAGUGCUCAAUAAUCCUCGUAUAUGUAGCCAUACUUAUUGAUAAUCUAUUGCUUACGUCUGUGGUGCCAGUGAUUCCCGAUUAUCUCAACAAAAUCAGCGCCGAUUCCAACGAUACGAUCACACUAUCGAUGCCAUUGUUUAAAAGUCUGAUCGAGAUCAAUUCAAGCAACACCGGCGAUAUGACCAGAAUCUACAAUAACAUCAUUUCCAUGCAUUCAAACACUGUUUUUGACGACGAAAACGGAAGAAUCGGUUUCCUAUUGUCGACCAAAGCAUUCGUACAAAUGAUCUGCAAUUUCUUU